AUGGCUCCCCUCACCACCCUCAAGCUGGCCAGCAGGUCUCCCAAGAAGCCCAUCAAGAAGCUCCCGCCCACCAUCCAGCUCGCCCCCGAUACCAGCGUCGAAGAUGUCAAGAAGCAGGUUGCCAAGGCCAUAAACCUCGGAGACCACAACCGCAUCGGCCUGUUUGACCCGUCUACCAAGAAGACUCUCAAGGACCGCAAGGCCCUGAUUGCCAGCUUGAACAUCGACGAGGUUCUGGUCAAGGACCUCGGCCCCCAGAUCUCGUGGAAGACGGUCUUCCUCAUCGAGUACUUUGGCCCCAUCCUGAUCCACGUCGCCGUCCUGGCCGCCCGCCCAUACAUCUACAAGGGCUCCCCAGCCCCUACGGACCUGUCUCGGACGCAGUGGCUGGCCUUUGGCAUGAUUACCCUGCACUUUGUCAAGCGCGAGCUCGAGACCAUGUUCGUCCACAAGUUCUCGGCCAGCACCAUGCCCUUCUUCAACGUCUUCAAGAACAGCUUCUUCUACUGGGCCUUCUCCGGUCUGCUGUGCGCCUACUGCCUGUACAGCCCUACCUCGCUGGCAGCCAAGGCCCGGGAGCCCUCGGUCGAUGUCGUCGGAGCCCUCAUCUACUUGUUCGGCGAGACUGGCAACGCGCGCGUGCACUACUACCUGUCGACGCUACGCUCCGCCGGCGGUACCGAGCGCAAGAUACCCGUGGGUCACGGCUUCGGUCUCGUCACCUGUCCCAACUACAUGUUCGAGGUGCUCUCCUGGGUGGGCAUCAUCGUCGCCAGCCGCGACUGGUCCGUCAUCCUCUUCAUCGCCAUCGGCACUGCCCAGAUGGCUGCCUGGGCCAAGGGCAAGGAACGUGCCUACCGCAAGGAGUUUGGCGACAGCUACAAGAAGAAGCGCUUCACCAUGCUCCCUGGGUUGUUUUGA